UCCGACGUGGAUCGCAAGCCGGCUCAGGCCAUCCCCUCACGCCAAACCAAACCGAUUGCGACAUGAUCACACCUGACAGCUCCUCCCGAUCCCCAUCAACCCAAACUUGAAUCCAAAUCCAUCUCGCUCACGACUCCAAUCCCAACUUCUUUUUUCCAAAAUUGAAGUCCCUUAUAAACCUCCUCGUCAGCAACCUCCUCCAAGGAACAAGAGCAGGUCCAAGCAAGAACCCAGAAACCAGCCACCGCCAUGGCCUCCGCGCGCCGCCUCGGCGGCCUCCUGCCGCUCGUCCUCCUCCUCCUCACCGUCAUCUCGGCGUCCGAGUCCGACCCGACGGUCCUGGCGGCCGCGGCCGGCGACGCCUCGGGCCAGCCGAGCGCGUACAAGAUGCUGGAGGGGUUCGGGUUCCCGCGGGGCAUCCUGCCGGAGGGCGUGACGGGGUACACGUACAGGCCGUCGGACGGCGCGUUCGAGGUGUUCCUGGGCGGGGACUGCGAGUUCGACGUCGACGGCGGGUACCGGCUCACGUACCGGCGGAGGAUCUACGGCAACGUGGAGGGCGGCAGCAUCCGGAACCUCGGCGGCGUCUCGGUGCGGAUGUUCCUCCUCAACUGGGGCAUCGACCGCGUCGUCAUGGAGGACGCGGCCCACCUCAUGUUCUACGUCGGCCCGCUCUCGCAGGCGUUCCCCGCCGACAACUUCGAGGAGUCCCCGCAGUGCCGGGGCCGCCGCUGCGGCGGCGACGGCGCCGCCGUGGGCGCGGCGGCGGUGUAGGAUGUUCCGGCGGCGACACGCACCUAUCCAUGUGGGUUGAUUCAAGGGAGAGGAGGGUCAAACGAUCGAGAUUGUUGGUUCAUGCUGUACGUGUACAAAUUAAGACUCAAUUGUAUUGCCAGGCAUUGGAAUCUUACCUC